CUCCGCCAAGCGCGCGCGUCUCAGGGUCCGCCCACCGCCGUUCUUAUUGGCUGCCUCGGUGGCCCCGCCCCCGGAAGGCCUGCUGAUUUUCGCAGCCAAUCGGCAGGCUCGGCGGCGGCGGGGCGAGGCGGGCCUGAGCCCUGGUCCCGGAGGCACCGGGGACGGGAGGAGGGGGCCGGUGGCCGUGCCGGGGCCCUUGCGGGCUCACGGCCGCGCUGCAGCCUGGCGUCGCCAGUCGGCUCCGCGGUCUCCUAGGCGCGCCUCCUGCCGCGGGAGGGGCGGCGGCCGCGUCCGCGGAGGGCUGCUCCCAGGUUGUUUGCGGUUGGAGGUCAGAGGUCGGAGGUCGUGCCUUUGUGGAAUGCGACGAAGAUGAGGCAGGAGGAAGUGCUGGCCAAGCCCUUCCAAGGCCCGGCGGCCAUCUGCAGGACCGCGACCAGCCACGUGUACGUGUUUCAGGACGCCAGUGGGGACUCCUCGGAGGACGAGGCACAGCCGGGGGCCCUGCGGCCUCGGGGGAAGGAGCGCCAGAGGCGCAGCGCCCCGCCGCCGGGCGGGGGCCCCACGGUGCUGCUGCAGCGGGAGCUGGCGCCGGGGGACAGCCUCAACAAGCUGGCCCUCCAGUACGGCUGCAAAGUCGCAGAUCUCAAGAAAGUCAACAACUUCAUCAGAGAGCAGGAUUUAUAUGCCGUGAGAUCGAUCAAGAUUCCCGUGAGGAACCACGGGAUCCUGACGGAGACGCGGGAAGAACUGCAGCCCCUCGCAGGCCCGUCCCCCGAGGCCGGAGCGGCCUUGGCCGAGCUGCCGCGCGCGGACGCCCAGGCCAGCCAGCUGACGGAUUUCUUCCAGGGCAUUGACCGGAACAUCGAGCGCGUGGUGCAGUCCCAAGCCUUCCGGAGGGAGGGCGGCUGCCUGGAGACCUCCGGGCAGCCGCCGCUCCCGGCUCCCCCCGCGCCGCCGCCGAGCGGCGCCGACUGUGGCCUUCGGUGGUGGAACGCUGUGGUCAUCAUGCUCCUCGUUGGCGUGGUUCUGCCGCUGUUUUAUUUGGUCUAUUUUAGAAUACAGGCUUCUGGCGAGGCCCCGAGUGGCCUGAACACGACGUCCCCCAGCAGCUCGGUGGCACUGAGUGCGGCGCCUGGCCAGGCCCCCAGACCAGCGACCCCAGUGCCGGCCGGCACCUCUUCAGACGGCCGGUUAAGUCACACCACCCCGGCAGGGCACUAAGGCCCGGCUUUAGCAGUGGCCUCGGACACGCACCAGCUGUCACGGCCACGUCCUCGGGUGUGGCUGGGAUGUACAGACAUGUUUCAGAAGUCACUACCGUGUUGCACACCACGCUGACCCCGGGCACCAGCUUUGCCAAUCCAAGGCUGCCGGAUCCAAACUCCCAGUGCCCUCAGCCCGUGUAUCCAGAGAGGAGCAGCAAGAGGCAGCUGUGUGUGACAGGUGGCCGUGUCGUGAAGACAUCUAGCGGACUGGCAGCCCCAAGGUCACCGUGCUCCGAGGAGAGGCACGCCCUUGGCCGAGGGACCUGCAGCGCGGGAGCGCCUGGCGUCGGCUCGGCAGCGCCCCUGCCCGCUGUGACGUGGGGACUGGCGCGGAGUAGUCUUCCGUGUCUCCAGGGGACAGCACUGUGGGCUGCUGUUGCUGUGUCCCCAGGUGAGAGGGCGGCGAGUCCGUGUGUCAGGCCCCACUUCCGGUUUGCCUUUUGCGGCGGUGCUGCUCCUAGGGUUGGGGAAGCCCCAAAUCCCAGCUGCCGUCAUGGAGCGAUGCCUGCGUCGUGUCUUGAGAGCCGCCCAGCUCAGCCUCACAGGCCGACUGCCUGGUUUCCCCGCGGGGGUGUCCCCACGGUGCUGGGACCCAGCGCUUGCAGUCGCAUUCUGGGAAGCGGACACGGGUCUGUCACCAAGGUCCCAGCGUGCGCCCGGAGUAGCAGCCUUGUGCGUACCUGACCUGGGGCGUCCUCACCACUUUGCCGAGGGCCCGGGCGCCACAGCGGGUGCCCUGGAAUGACGUCUGUCUACAGUGUGGCUUGUCUUAAAAGACCAAACACAGAGAGGCCCGAGGUGGCCCUGACUGUGGAGGCGGCAGAGGGCCAGGUGCCUGAGGGAGAAGGGGCCUGCCCAGCGAGGCAGCGGGCAGGGUGGGAGUGGGAGCCGGCCGCUGCCUGCGAGGGACAGGGCUGGGGGCUCAGGCCCGGGGCCGUGGACCCGAGAGCAGCAGUGCCGGGGGGCUGCUGAGCUCGCGGGGGCUGUGGCAUCGCACGCCUUUGGCCUGGAGAUGAGUGUGAAAGACCCCCUGCAGGAGGGGGGGCUGCAGAGAGGCCGCGGGGACCUGCGGUCCCUCCUCUGCGCUGUGUGUGACGCCGUCUCCCCAGGUCCAGUCUGCAAAUCUAAAUCCUCCGCCAGGCUGUGUUCUGGUCGGGCGAGGCGCUCUGGGGGGCGGGGCCGCGCGCCUUGGCUGCAGAAGCCCUGCAGGUGGCUGCUCCCCCCGCCCGCCGCGCUGCCCGGCCCGGGCCCGGGGGAGAGCCGCUGCUGCCCGGCCGACUCCGAAGGUCCGCUCUCGGCUUUCCCAGUGGAAUAAAACAGUAUCUUCUGUGAAGGAAAA